AAUAUCGCCGACUGGCAACUCCCACCUGGAUAAAAGUAAGACCACGCUUCUAGCACUACCAGUCCCGUGUAUCCUCUGCCUUGGCUUCGUGUGGGAGUACGUGUGCCGAGUAACCACCGACAUACACCAACAGCAGCAGCAUUAUGAGCAGGGCGUGGGUGUGCGUGGCCGUGUGCGUGGUGGCGGCGGUGGGUGUGGCUGGCCAGCAGGGCGGAAUAGAUCCUAACAUCAGGCUUGGAUUGCUGGCUGAGCAACUGGGUGUGGAUCCCGUGCCUGGCGGUAAUCCCAAUUUGGGCAACAUCGGAGUGGCGCAGCGCGAGGACCUGGAGUGUCACUGCAUUCCCAUCAACCAGGAGUGUCCGUUUGAUUUGCGGGGACGACCCACUGGCAUCGUGACGCGCAUCUCCAACACCAGGCCGCUGAAAGACGGCCAGUGCGAGGUGGACACGAUCCGCUGCUGCAGACUGAAGGACGUCACAGAUCCUGGACCAGGCGGCCCCUUCCCUGGAAGAUGUGGAGGAAGGCAACAGAUUCCAAACUACCUCCAAGGAGUUCCUCCCCAGGCUGACUUCGGUGAGUACCCGUGGAUGGCCGUGGUUCUAGACGCUUCAAACAAUGGAUACCUGGGAGGUGGAGUGCUUAUCAGGAAUCAGUGGGUGCUGACCGCCGCUCAUAAGAUUACCACCAGAAACAUUCGGAUCCGUCUGGGAGACUACGACCUGAAGCGAACACUAGACCACCCUGACUUCCCCCACCUGGAAGUCGGCGUCAGGAACAUCAUCAUUCAUCCUAACUUCGACAGCAAAUCUCUGGUGAACGAUGUGGCGCUGCUGGAGCUGGACAGACCCGUCAACACCAAUCAGUACCCGCACAUCGGCCUCGCCUGCCUACCAAACCAAGCCCAGAAGUUCGAGGGACAAAACCGGUGCUUCGUGUCAGGAUGGGGAAAGGACACCUUCACAAAUGGCCAGUUCCAAAGUAUUCUGAAGGAGGUGGACGUCCCCAUCUUGGAGCGCUUCACUUGCCAGAGUCGCCUCAGAAAGACACGACUUGGAGAAGAGUUUGUGCUGGACGCCAAUUCCUUCGUGUGCGCUGGCGGCAUUGAGGGCAAGGACGCCUGCUCGGGAGACGGAGGUUCCCCACUGGUCUGCCCAACGAAUAACGGCUAUACGGUGGUGGGACUGGUGGCAUGGGGCAUUGGGUGCGCCCAGGGAGACGUGCCGGGUGUCUAUGUCAACGUAGCCAACUUCGUAAACUUCAUCGAAGGUUACGUCGGACCACUUUAAUGAGGAGCCACAACAUGCACCAUCUCUAUCCUGCCUUCCUCCCCACAUUGCAUCACACGACACGAGAGAAAACUACAAGCUUUUCAGAUGCAGAGGAACGUCUGUGUCGGAUCCUAACCAAUACACACAGGGCUGAAUCCAGUGACACCACAAAGCAGACGAGGAUCCACAGACUUUCAUUCUGUUCAGUCAUGAACCCCUGAAUUGUUUACAAUAUUUAAUUUUUGUUAUGCUGAAUAAACAAAUAAAUCGC